AUGCUCAUAAGCGAGAAACAUACUGCACUGUAUCCAGGAAACAAGGAGAUUUUGGUCCCUUUUGAACCUGCUAGUGUUGACAUCUUUAAGUCCAAUGAAGUCCAUUGUAUGUCCAUGUAUGCCAACCCGAAUAUGUCCUAUCUCUUCAUAGACAAUACACACCUUAGUCCUACCUUAGAGAGGCGUUAUAGGCUGUCAACAAGAUGGGGAACGUGUCGCCCACUCCCCGUCAGCUUCUCACCGAGGCACGGAAAUCAGCACAUCUUACGCCGGUCAUCUAGGAUUUCUCGUUCCAUUGCCGCUGGUUCGGUUAAGAGGUUGUCUUUUGACGACUAUGUCAUGACGGCAACUUUUAUGAUCUAUACUAGCUUAUUGAUUCUAAUCCAAGUGUCCUCGAGACAUGGAACGAAUCUCUUUCCCACGGAAGAGACGCAGCAAAUCCUCUCAGAUCCCCAGCAAGUCAGAGACCGAAUAUACGGAAGCAAGAUUGUCAUCGGCCUGGAACAAUGUAUGCUGUUCUCGACGUGGGGCGUUAAGAUAUGCAUGUUGAGCUUGUUCUGGCGGUUGACUGCGAAUAUCCGCUUCCUACAUCUCUACGUCAAGGCUAUCGCCGUCUAUGUCGCCGUUGGCUUCGUUGUGAUCAUGGUCACCUACUUCGGAGUGUACUGCAGGCCUUUCGAGCAGUACUGGCAACUUCCAGUGGAGAAUAUACAGUGUGCAACCUAUCAACACUAUUCCAUUACUCAAGCUGUCUUUAAUAUCUCCUCCGACGCUGCCAUGCUAGUUGUCCCCGUCCCACUACUCAUGAAGACUCAGCUAAAAGCUAGGAGAAAGUUCAUUCUGGUCUGUAUCAUGAGCCUGGGGGUAUUCACCAUCUUCGCUGCGAUACUCAACAAGGUAUAUAACUUUUUAAGUCCUCUUACGACGAUGUACCAGAUAUGGUACAUCCGAGAAGCAAGCACGGCGAUAUAUGUGGCAAACUUGAUCUGCCUCUGGCCGCUCCUGCGCAAAUUAUUUGGCCUGAAGGCGUUCCAGUCCAAUAGCAAGCAUUACCGACAUCAUGGUGCUCAUCUGAUCAAGGAAUCACCCGGCGCCUCGCAGUCUCCAGGGACUACAGUCAGCUCACAAUCACGACCAUCCUUCUCAAUCCCACGUCUUCAUUUGAGCAGGCUUGGAAGCGGGAGGACCGUCCAAAACGUUGUGCACAAAGGGUCUGACGAAAUGCAUCCGAGCCCGGAAGCAACGAACAAAAUGUCGCUCACUCGCCUGGAUACAAAGGAGGCCACUCAUCAAGAGAAAAAAGGCCUUGGAGAGCCGGGCCCCACCACUCUGGAGACGCAUGCCUCGUAUGACCUUGAGGCCGGAGAUAUUGGGCAUAUCGAUUACCACUCCAGCUUGAAGUUUGGGUAA